GGACGGCAGCAGCUGUGGACAGUUGGUGGAGUGCAUAUUUCUUUAUUUUGCUCUCCAGCCGGGGCCUGCGGUUACAUGCCGCGCCGUUUGUUUGGACUGAGGCGGGUUCCUGUCCGGGUCUGGGUGUGAGCCUCUUCUGUCGGCGUGUCCCCGUUAAACAUGUCUUCGCCUGAGCAUGGGGAAACUUUCAGUCAGCUCAAUAAGUUUGAGAAACUGUCGUGGAGGCCCUCCAUCCGCGACUCAGGCACUAAGAAGCGAGCACGGUGGUUUCAGCCUCGCCGCAUAUUCUCCCCUUCCUGCCCCAACCUGCGGAUCCCCAACAGGUUUCUGAGAGAAGGACACUGCAUUCCUCCUGCCCGCAGCGGACACCGCUGUGUAGCAGACGGCACCAACCUGUAUGUGUUUGGAGGUUACAACCCAGACUUUGAGGAGGCAGGUGGCUCAGAGAAUGAAGACUAUCCUCUGUUCAGGGAGCUAUGGCGAUAUCAUUUUGCCACAGCAUCCUGGCAGCAGGUCCGUACAGAGGGCUACAUGCCCACAGAGCUGGCUUCUAUGUCAGCUGUCCUGCAUGGGAACAACCUGCUUGUGUUUGGAGGCACUGGAAUUCCGUUUGGCGAAAACAACGGCAACGAUGUCCACGUUUGCAACGUUCAGUACAAACGGUGGAACCUGCUUAGCUGCAGAGGGAAGAAGCCCAACAAGAUCUACGGGCAGGCAAUGGUCAUCAUAAAUGGCUACCUGUAUGUGUUUGGAGGGACAACUGGCUACCUUUACAGCACUGACCUGCACAGGCUGGACCUCACCACCAGAGAGUGGACCCACAUCAAACCCAACAACGCACCCUCUGACUUACCUGAGGAGAGGUACAGACAUGAGCUAGCUCAUGAUGGGCAGAGAAUAUAUAUUUUUGGAGGCGGGACUUCCUGGACAUCAUAUCCACUAGACAAGAUUCAUGCUUAUAACUUGGAGACAAACUACUGGGAGGAAAUCAUGACUAAACCCCAAGAAAAAAUAGGAUAUCCUGCUGCCCGCCGAUGUCACAGCUGUGUGCAGGUCAAAGAUGAGGUGUUUCUAUGUGGAGGUUAUAACGGAGAGUGCAUCCUGUCAGACCUCUGGAAGCUCAACCUGCAGACUUUUCAGUGGAUGAAGCUUCCUGCCAUCAUGCCAGAACCGGCCUACUUUCACUGCGCUGCGGUCACUCCGGCUGGCUGUAUGUACGUCCAUGGCGGUGUUGUUAACAUGUCUGGAAAUCAAAGGACUGGCUCUCUGUAUAAAGUGUGGCUGGUAGUGCCCAGCCUGCUGGAAAUGACCUGGGAGAAACUGCUGAAAACGUUCCCUCACUUAUCCCAACUGUCUACCCUCCAGCUGCUCAGCCUGGGACUGACACACACAUUAAUCCAGCGGCUCAAAUAGAGUGAAGACUGAAUGCAGCGGUAUGUGAUGGCGUAGCACUGACUCUAAAAUUUCUGACUAUUAGGAUGAAAGGACAAAGUAAGCCCGAUGUCAGAUGGUUAUGAAAAUACUUUGCCUUUUUACAUUAGUCUGAUGUAAAUGUGUGUUAUUUGUUGUUUUGUUUUUUUUUUGUUGUUUUUUUGUUUUUUAAGUGCAAUGUUUUAAGUUUCUCAGUGUCAUAUGUGCAUGCAUCUGUGUAGCUAGAAGGAUGACUGAAUGCUGGUUCUUUUUCACUUUCAUGUACUUCAGGGUUGUGUGUUUGGGGGGAUCACAGAAACGUGUGGAGCCUGAGAGGACAUUUUAUGAACUCCAAAGACUACUUGUUAAAAGGCUAAAUGAAUGCUGCCACAGUAGUGAAAUUUUAGCUUUCUUUUAGAGGCUGAGACACCCCCCCCCCCCCCCCCCCCUCCCAAAAAAAAAAAAAAAAAAAAAAAAAAUCCAUGAGUGGUAACAGGUUGCACGCCACUACCCUCAGUCCCUCAGUGAGCUCCUGCCAUACCCUCUUUAAACCUGGAAAUGCAGUCACCAGUAUGCACACCCUGACAUUUAAUUAGAAAGCUCCCAGAUCCUCUGAAGAGAAGAAAGACUUGUAUUUGUGAUACCUCUUCACAGUUUAACACGUUUCAGUCUUAAGACCCUCUGAUCGCAUGCUGAUGCGUAACUGUGAUUAUAACUCUACCGUUCAAAUUGAAAAUGUUCCUCUCACUGGUCACUUUAGGCCUUCUGAUCAGAUGAAAACAUGUGACAUGGCAUCACUGUGAACUCUUAUGCCUCUUCAAUUGUUGUUACCCUUGUGUAUGGUUUUUUUUUUUUUUGGGAGGGGUGUGUAGAGUUACAUAGAUAUCCGAGGCCCCACCACAGUGAUUCUUUUAUUUGUCUUUGUUUGGUGCCUUCUGAAUUUCCAAAAUUGGGAUGUGCAAAUUAGUCUGAGUUGACUUUGUUUAUUAGUUUGUAUAGCCCUUUAUUUUUUAUUUUAUUUUAUUUUUUUUUUUAAUUUAAAUUAUUUUUCCCUCUCUAGGAUUUACCUGGUGCUCUUCACAGGCCUUUUUGUUGCUGAUCAUGUAUGAUUAACCAGUCUAUUAUCUUAAACUCUUAAACCUACAAAGCCAUUUUUACUAUUUUAAUCACUGUGCUGCUAUUUUAUUCUGUUACAACUCUUUGAGCUGUACCCAACUUGUAUUUGUAUGUUGCCUACCUGCCAGCCCUCAUGAAUCCAUUUCAACUUUUUGUAUGGCAACAUGCAUUUCAUUAUAAUUACUGUUAUUAAUAUUACUUUUCAGUUUGUUUUUCUUGAGAUGCGAUGCUUUGGUACUUGGCAAGAAACUUUAUCAAAGUAGUAACAAAGUGACAUGUGAAAGGUGUACUCAGGAUGUGAAAUACUGUGAUCAGUCUGAUGAGCCACACAGACACUCAUCAUUAAACCAUCAGCAGACAUUUUUGUGAAACCAGAUUUAGGCACACCAGCAGUUCUUUUGCAGUUACUGUGGAGUGUAGACUUUAAUACUGUUGUGAUUCUCCCAGUUGCUUUUAUGCAAACACUUUUAUUUAUUUAAAAAAAAAAAGACAUUAAGCCUUGCCUUGAGCAUUUGAAUUCACGUUAACUGUAACUGCUUGUUGAAUAUCCCUUUUGUACUCUUGGCAUCACACCUCAGUUCCUUUAAACAUGUCAUGGCCUUAUUCAUUUCUAAUUUGAAGCAUUCUGCUUCACUGUGUGCUCAAACUUAGUAAAUUAUCAACCUUUGUGACUGACAUGUUUUAAUAUUUGCAUCAUUUCUGAUAUUAAUGAAAGUUCAAUGAUUUGUUGCAUGUCAAUGUGGUGUGCAUGUCACUUUAAACUCUUGGGAGAAAAGCUGAAUGUCUUUAUAAAAGGCAAAUAUUGCUGCAAUAUAUAUUGUUUUGUAAUUUCUGUCUGU